AUGGUUCGAGUCCUCCCAUCACUUCUCGCCAUUGGCGCGGUUUUGGACCUGGCAUUGGCCGCCUGUCUUUCUACGCCCAAGGCUACAACGCUGAACGGUACAUACACUGGUGUCCGCAUCCGCGAGUUUGAUCAAGAGGCUUUUUGGGGGGUACGCUAUGCAAAGGCUUCUCGUCUUCGCAACCCUCAGUCCUUGACCGAUUCUUGGGAGGGCGUAAGGUCUGCGGCGUCUUACGGCGCACUCUGUCCGACCACACCCAACCCGACUGCUUUCGCCGACGCAGGGUUCAAGUACAGCGAUGACUGCCUCAACCUCAAUAUUCUCCGUCCAGCCCGUACAACACCUGGUGACAAGCUGCCUGUUGCGGUAUGGAUCCAUGGAGGUAGCUUUUCAGCCGGUUUCGGAACUGACGGCAAUACAAACACAUCCUAUGUCGUCAAGGCGAGCGUGGAAAACGAGCUUCCAAUCAUCACAAUCACGCUCAACUAUCGUCUUGGCUUCCUCGGCUUUCCUGGAGGUCCUGAUGCCACGGCUGCUGGCAUCACGAACCUCGGUCUCAAGGACCAGCAUCUUGCUCUGCGCUGGAUUCAGGAGAACAUUGCCGCGUUCGGUGGCGACCCUGACAAGGUGACCCUCUGGGGUCAAUCGGCUGGCGCCAUGUCCAUCACCCACCAGCUCCUUGCCUACGGAGGAAACGGUGCUUCCGGUCUAUUCCGCGGUGCCAUCGCCGUGAGCGGAACCGGCGGCCUGGGCACUAAUAGCCUGACCCCCGACGAGGCGCGAGUGUCGCAGGCCUACGACACCGUUCUCAACCUGACCAGUUGUGCGAAUGCCGGGGACAGACUCGAGUGCCUACGAGAGGUAGACUACAAGGCCCUCUACGACGUCGGCCAGCAGGCCUCCGCGGCGGCAGGCCUUGCGCCCUUGUGGUGGCCCUCCGUCGAUGGGGAUUUCAUCACCGAGUCCCCGAGCCUGCAGCUCGCCGCCGGUCGUUUCCCACGCGACAUCAACUUCAUCAGCGGCACCAACAGCGACGAAGGCCUACUCGUAGCUCAGCUGCUCCAGCAGUUCUUCGGGCCGAUCGAAGAUGACGCGACGCUCCUCUUCAUUCUUGGCGCUCUCUUCUUCCCAGCUGCCCGGCCAGAGGUUCUGCAGAAGAUCUUCGACGCGUACCCCGUGGACGCGCCGUCGCCGCCGUACUCGUUGCCCAUGAAAGCUGCCAGUGGCGAGGACGUCUUCUGCGACGCCAUGAAGGCGGCAGGCCAGCUCUGUGGAGCGCAGUAUAGGCGCACGGCCGCCAUUUUUGGCGACUUUCAGAUCAUCAACGGGCGGAGGUUCUUCGCGGAGAGUCUUGCCAAGCAGGGCGUUGACGUGUUCAGCUACAGGUUCGACACGAACCCGACUUCCAUUCCGAUCAGCAGCAUCCUGACCCCCGGUUUCACGGCGCAUUCCACCGAGUACACGUACUUCUUCAACCUGCCGCCUGGGUAUAACAUGUACGGUAUGAACCCGCAGGUUGUGAACAUCAGCUCUCACCGCGGGCUUUCGAGGGGCAUCGUGGAUAAAUUCAUCUCGUACAUUGCUACUGGUGAUCCCAACACGUUUAAAGUGGACUUUAUCCCGAAGUGGCCUACAUACGACUUGGCGUCACCAAAGAAUAUGCUCCUCAACGCGACCGAGUCUGAUAAUGAGAUCAAUGUUUUUGACAGCACAUCCUACUACUUCAUCUUGUCUUUCAGCCUCUUCACCUACCCCAAUCACAAGAUGCGCACCUCUUCGAUUCUGAGCGCCCUGGCGGCGGCUGGCGCAGUAGCCGCUCGUCCAUCCAUCUGGUCUCGCCAGAACGACGCCGAUGCCAACCCAUUUGAGGGCCGCCAGCUGUUCGUCAACCAAAAUUACACGGCCAAACUCGAGGAAACCCGCGAGGCCUUCCUCACGGCCGGCGACAAUGUCAAUGCCGGCAAGGUCCAGUACGUUCAAGAGUCUGUCGGAACCUUUGUUUGGAUCUCCAACAUUGCGAGCCUUGGCGACAUUGACGGCGCCAUCGAAUCUGCCCGUGGCGUCCAGCAAGAGACGGGCGAGGAACAGAUCGUGGGCCUAGUGCUUUACAACCUUCCGGACAGAGACUGCAGCGCUGGAGAGAGUGCCGGGGAGCUCAGCCUGGCCGAGAACGGACUGGAGAGAUACAGGACAGAAUACGUCGACCAGUUCGCUGCGAGAGUUCAGGCUGCUUCUGACCUUACCUUUGCCAUUGUUCUGGAGCCCGAUGCGGUCGGCAACAUGGUGACCAACCAGGCCAUCGAGUUCUGCGCCAAUGCCGCCGAGCCGCAGAGGGACGGUAUCGCCUACGCCAUCGCCGAGCUGCAGGCUGAUAACAUCCACCUUUACAUUGACGCCUCCCACGGCGGAUGGCUGGGGUGGGAUGACAAUUUGGCGCCGACUGCCAAACAGUUUGCCACCAUUGUAGCAAAGGCUGGCCCCAACGCGAAGAUCCGUGGCUACUCGACCAAUGUCUCCAACUACAACCCCUUCUCCACGACGACUCCCGAGCCCUACACCGAGUUUAGCAACUCCUUCGACGAGAGCCACUAUGCCCUCUCCCUGGUUCCGCACCUCGAGGCUGAAGGGCUUCCCACCCGCUUUAUCAUCGACCAGGGCCGUGUGGCCGUCCAGGGCGCCCGCGCCGAGUGGGGUGAGUGGUGCAACGUCGAGGCCGGAUUCGGGCAGCCCGCGACAACGCAGACAGAGAACCCGCACGUGGAUAGUAUUGUCUGGAUCAAGCCCGGCGGUGAGAGUGACGGCGCCUGCGGCAUCGAGGGUGCGCCUAAUGCGGGCGCUUGGUUUGAUGAGUAUGCGCAGCUGCUGACGAAGAACGCGCAUGUGGCUUUGCAGCCGGCUGUGAGUGUCUAG